AUGUCUACAACACAUACCCACGGUACUCGGUUUGCUGCUCGACAACCUUCUAAACAAAAUUUACCUGAUUCAUCACAACUACCACCAUCAGUUGCAUCUGAAACACCAUCAACCUUUUCAUCAUCAUCUCGUUUAAGAGUUGAAAAGUAUAAACCGGUACCAUCUCGAAAAAUAGCAAGCACAGUCGGAAAAGUAUCAAAACUAAAAGAUAAGUUGAAGAAAUGCAAAUCCAUAAUAGAUGCAUCUGAAUCAUCUGAUUCAUCAAUAACAGCUUUUGCCACGACGAUAGAUGAGAUAUCACUAUCGAAAACAAAUACAUCGAUAUUAAGUUCAAAUAACAAUGUAAUAGCUAGGUCAUUACCAUCUGACAACGAUUCUGCGAUUCAAAUUUUAUCAAAAACUGAAGAUGUAGCUAUUCCUACGGAACCACUUGUUAUUGACUGGAUUGAUCAUAUGUAUGAAUUGGUACAUAAAGAAGAGAUUAAAAGUCAAGUUGAUUUUAAGCAAUAUGCUGAUUUAUUGAAUAUCGAUGAACAAGCAUUUAAUAAUUGUAUACAUGAAACAGAUAGAAUAAAAACAGCUCGUGCAAUUGUUCGAAGUUUUUCUGGUUAUGAACAAUUAAUUGAUAUGCAAAAUGCUUGGAAAUUGAUUGAUAAAGAUAAAAUAGACAUCGUUAUAGAUUUUGUUCGACAACUAUUCGGACCGUCACUUUUAACAACAGAUAAUAUUGUACGUACAUCUUUGUCAACUAUGGUUCGUUCAGAUAGCUGGAAAGCUAGAGGCCAAAAUGUAACGGACCAUACUGCUCUUAAUUCAACACGAUCGGCUAAGACACCGAGCAUUCAAGGUGUAAAUGAUGAAAACAGUGGAGACUAA